AUGACUGAAGCUGUGGUGACUGGAAAGGAUACACGCUGUCUAUUCAUCAAUAAUGGCGAUGAUUUGUUGACUCUAAAAAAAGUUGUAUCUAAAAAAUCAGAUAAAGAUGAUUGUGAAAAACAAAAAAAUAAAAAAUCUAAAGAAAUUAAUGGUAGCGAACUAAAUGGAACCCUCAAUAAAACAGAUAGCAUAAAUUUUGAUAUUGAUAAUACAUCAUCACUAGAACCAAAUUUAGAAAUGGACAGUGAUACGGAUCGAAAUAUUACAAUAGAUUCAAUUUGUACACAAGAGGAUCGUGAAUCAGAAAACAUUGAUAAUUCUAAUGAAAAUUCAAAUGAAGCCGAUGUCAAAAUAGGCGAAAAAGAUAUUCAGGUAUAUUUUAUUUAAAACAGAAAAUACUCGUGUUUUUUCAUAUUCUUAGAAAAAACGCACCUAUUGAUCUUUUUUUAAUUUUAAAUGUGUUAAUGUACUGAACUCAUAGUUAAGAAAAAUUAUCGCUUUUUUUAUUCUGAAUGAUAUAUCUAUCAAACAAAUUUCAAAAAGGUGGUUCUUAUUUAUAGAAGAAAUAUUGAUACUUUUAAUGUUUGACCCCCUUAAUUUUUUCAUUGUCAUAAGAAAAUUAUUUUUGUUAAAUUUGAUCACACAUCUUCUUCCCGUGCUUUUAGAGAAUUGAAUAGCCAAAAGGGGUAGUUUUUUGUUUUUAAGAACUAUUUGAAGAAAUAAAGCACUGAGGAAAAAAUGUAUAUUAUUGUUAACUGUAUAAGGUAAAAUGUUCAAUAAAAAUGUAUUUAUAUAUAUUUUUUUUUAAGUAUUAUUUUCGAAGAAAAAUUAUUGACUACAACAAUUUUAAUUUUUUGUUGUAAUUGUUAAUUUAUAGUUCUUUAAAUAUAUUUGAGUAAUAUCACAAAAUAUUUUUAUAAAAUUUAAUUUCCUGAUAGAAAGAAUUUAUGAAAAAAAUGAAUUGGAUCCUCUAUUUUAUUGUUUGAGUUGUUUUUAUUUUUUUAAUAUUAAUAUUUUAAUAUUUCACACUAUAUAAAAUCAGAAAUAAAUUUGUCAUUAACUAUAACUCAAUUAAAUUUUUCUAACAGUAAAAAUAUUGAGGAGAGUUAAAAAAGGGAGUAAAUCAAAAAUUCAAAAAUUAUAACCACUCUGAUAUACAUGUUAAAUCUAUAUGUAAAUAUGUUAAAGUUUCUCUUAGAUAUUCAGACCAUCAUAGAAAAAGUUAUUAUUUAAAAAACUGAAUAAAACAUAAAAAAUAUAUUGUAAUAAAAAACCAAGUUUUUUCAGGAAAUUUCAAUCAAAGGAUCAGAUAUUCCGUAUUCUCCAAGUGAUUCUAUAGAUGAUAAUGAAUAUUCACAUGAUUUAGUCGAUGAUGAUUUGGAUAAUAUUAAGUCUCCUGCAUCUUACUUUAAUAUAUCAUCAAGGGCACCAUUACAUUCUAAUAAUGAAUUGGAUAAUACAUUGGAGGAUGAAAUUUCAACAUUGGAAGAAGAAAUUAUAAGCAGUGCAAAAAAACGUAAAUUCGAAGAUUUAUCAGAAGAACAAAACCCCAGUAAAGUACUUAAAUUAUGGAAUUAUAUGAAAUUUCCUUUUCAAAAAAUAACUAUUGGCACUUCUAUGUAUACAAAUAAAUCUAACACUACUGAAGCCACUAAGAAAAUAAUUAAUAAAGUGAAGGAAUCCUCAGUACCAGUGAUUACUUUAUGUGAAAAUGAUAGUGAAAUUUUAGAAUCUGAAGAAAUAAAUAAAUUAAAUAAUACCGAAACAGAACCUGAAAUUGAGAGUAGUUUUGAAAAUAUCAAAAAUAAACAGACAUUUUGUAGUUUAAUGUAA